UAAAGCGAAUUAAGAGCCGCCAUAAGAGCAUUGUUAUGGCUAGACUAGCGAAUCAAGAGAAAAUGAUACAAGCGUAUACUGGCAGGAGUCCUAGCCCAUCAGCCGUUAACAAUUCUGGGCUGCGUCCAAAAUCAUACAUAGAAAUUACAGAUAAUCAAGAUGUUUCCUUUGAUACUAUUGCUCGAGCCAAAAAUGACUACUCUCCUAUGCUACCUUCUAUUAGUCCCACCUCCUCCAAAGUUAAGGUAAAUUUCUUAAAAAGAAACAUGAGUAUUGCCAACCAAGUGGUCAGAAGCUAUAGAAGUUUUAGCAGGAGGCAUGCAUACAACCUGAAGUAUGAAGUGACAGAUGGAAGUGAGAACAAUGACUACGAUCUACAAAAGGAUAGUUCCUCCACAAAUGCAGCUUCUAGUCCCAAACCAAAAAGACAUAAAGUUCAGCCUUUGAUGUCCCGGACUUCUAAAAGCGUAGUACCAGAAAGAGUCAUUCAAGUUAAACCCAUUGAAGGCCGAGAAAUGCUAGAAUCAAUAGCAGAAACUAAAGAAACUGAGAAGAAAUUAAUCGAUAUGAAGAAUAGAGUAGGAAAGCUCUUAAAGGAACGAGAGAAAGCUCUCUCGAACAUCCGUUUGGCUAAGAACCGAGUAAAUUACAUUGGUAAAAUCAAUGUUUCCAAAGACAGAGAUAAAAGCGCGAAAUAUAGAUUCAGACAAAUGAUGAAUCUUAAAAUACAAGAGCAGAAGCAAGAAAUUGCUCGCAGAAGAAGACAAAUGAAGGAAAACAUAGCUAACUCUAAAAAGCAAAAGAUUGAAGAGAACCGAUUCUUGAAAAAUAGGGAAAAGCAAACUAAAGUUGAAAAGGCUAUGGAAGCCCAACAAAAAGCACUAGAAGAUAUGCAAAGAGUUAGAAAGCUUAAGAGCCAAGUUAUAUCUCAUAAGAAAAAUAAAAGUAAUUUUCUAACUCAGCUUAACAAUUCCAAAAAUGAUAUGAACCAGAUCAGAUAUCAUCUCAAAAAUGAGAAGCUAGCAGCCACUAGAGGAACUCAUCAGGAGCAGAUAGAUCAGCUUAAGAUGGAGGAACAAAAGUUACUCCAAGAACUUGAGAAAACCAUGCAAAAGCAAGAAGCUGUUGAAUCAGAAGCUAAUUCUCCUUCAAGACUUAGAAGAGCUCCCUCCCUGAAUAUUGAUGCUAAAUUUGCAAUGUUUAAGGGAAAGGUUAAGGACCCAAACCAGAUGAGAGCUCAGCUCCAACUGAGAGAUUCACAAGGAAGUUUUUAUAGUAAAGAAAGUGCUGAAAAUGAAGUAUCAAUCAAGUUAUGUAAGGAUGAAUAAUUC